GUCAGAAUCCAUCUGUCUUGGACACAUUUCGCUCUCUAUCUUUCUUGCUCAGGUCAGAAUCAUGGUACCAAAAGCUGUGUCUAGAGGUAUUCUGGUUAUUGGUAUUUGUUCCUUGCUCUGGUGGACGUUCCGACCUCUUCGCGGUUCUCAUGCAGUAUUUACCGAGCCGCUACAGACGGUAGACCUUCUGAGCCCGACUUCCGAUGAUGGCCGGAAGACUCCAGAGCUCUAUGCCUCCAGGGCUGCGUAUGAUCUCUGUUCCGCCUAUGGCUACUCAGCCUUCGUACCCAAAAGCCCCUCCAGCGAGCGCAAAGUCUACGAUAUGCUCAUGAUAAACGACGAGCUGGACUUUCUUGAAAUACGCCUCAAUGCAUUAUACGACUACGUCGACUACUUCAUCAUCGUCGAGUCAGCCAAGACAUUCCAAGCCAAUUCGAAACCCCUUAUCCUCAAAGAGAACUGGGACAGAUUUCGUCGAUAUCAUGACAAGAUAAUCUAUCACGAACUAACUUUCCCAUCAAGCUUCGACCCGCAUCGUGCUUGGGACUACGAAGACUUGCAAAGAGACGCCCCCUUCGACCAAGUCAUGCUCAGUCUUGUCGGACCAAGAGCUCCAAACAAGGGAGACGUUCUCAUCGUGGCCGACGUCGAUGAGAUCCCCCGACCACAAACCCUCCUCGUCCUCCGAUAUUGCAAAUUCCCUCGCCGCCUAACACUCUCUUCCAAAUUCUACUACUAUUCAUUCCAAUUUCUGCAUACCGGCCCAGAAUGGCAGCACCCCCAAGCGACCUAUUACCAAGGACACCAAACCCUCAAACCCACCAAUCUUCGUAAUGGAGAUGGAGGCUUCCGUCCGUUUCGCUUCCUCGAGAGGGGUGUGCUCAGUAACUCCGGUUGGCAUUGCAGCAGCUGUUUCCCGACAAUAGACCAGUUUCUCAACAAGAUGGCGAGCUUUUCUCAUCGGUGGAUGAAUCGUGAAGAGUAUAGAGACAAAGACAAGAUCGCUGCUGCAGUGAGAGAAGGUAAGGAUCUUUGGGGGAGGGAACAGGAUCAGUUUGUGAGGAUUGAGAAUAAUAAAGACAUGCCGCCACUGGUGCUUGAGGAGCCAAAGAGGUUCGGCUACAUGAUCAGUCGGGAUGGGCUGUCAGCAGGAUUUGUAGAUUACAAUGGAAAAGAAAAGAGACAGUAUACUACUUGACAAACAAUGGUUAUACGCAAUACCCUUGUUGAAA